AAAAUAAUCGGUGUUCUAAUACCCUUAACUCUCCUCAUUAGGGCUUCGCCAUAUACAAAUCGAUCCAAUUAUUUCAGUCACUGGUAAAAGGGCAAUCCAAUUUGCAUAAUAUGCUACCUACAACUUGAGUAAUGCCGAGUGGCGGAUAACGUCUAGUCUCAUUUGUAGUUCCAAAGUUGUAGGAAACUUCGUGCAACUAGCAUUGUACGAAUUGAAUACAGUUGGUGGAGCAAUUUGAAUAAUCAGCAAAUCAUGAGAUUCCGAGCGCCGAUCGCUUCGCUGGACUGCAUGGAGGAGUUCCAGAGCACGAACGAUCAGCUGUGCAUGCAGCUGCAACAGCAGCCCUGCAGCAAGGAACAGCUGCUGCUGCAAGGCCUGAGCACACCGGCCUCCGUCACUCGGCAGUCGUCCACCGUCACGCCCGGUCUACGCUACCGCAACCUCGGCAAGAGUGGGCUGCGUGUCUCCAAUGUCGGACUAGGUACAUGGGUGACAUUCGGCAACAACGUGAGUGAAGAGACGGCUGACUGCGUGGUGCACGGCUACGAGUGCGGCAUCAAUGUGUUCGAUCUUUCCGAGGCGCACUGCGGCGUCAGGGCGGAACUGCAGUUGGGCCACAUCCUGCAGCGCAAGGCCUGGAAGCGAUCCUCCUACAUUGUUACAACCAAGAUUUACUGGAAUUCAAACUGGGCCGGGCCGGGCCGAGCCGAGAGGAAUCGGCCGAAGGCGGAUCGCCGAGCGGAAUCUGCCUUCAUUCGAGCGCCGAUCGCUUCGCUGGACUGCAUGGAGGAGUUCCAGAGCACGAACGAUCAGCUGUGCAUGCAGCUGCAACAGCAGCCCUGCAGCAAGGAACAGCUGCUGCUGCAAGGCCUGAGUACAACGGCCUCCGUCACUCGGCAGUCGUCCACCGUCACGCCCGGUCUACGCUACCGCAACCUCGGCAAGAGUGGGCUGCGUGUCUCCAAUGUCGGACUAGAGGUUGUACGAGCAAUGAACCACGUGAUCAGCCAAGGGUGGGUGUAUUCUUGGGGCACCGCCAAGUGGACGCCAGUCGAGGUGAUGGAGGCCUACACCAACUGCCGCCAGUUCAACUGCAUCACGCCCAUCCUAGAGCAGACCGAGUACCACAUGUUCUGUCGCGAGAAAACCGACUAUAUGCCCGAGUUGUACAACAAAAUUG